AUGCAGCUGACCCAGCUGACCUACCGCCCUAGGGGCUGUAGCCUGAGGGACGGCUCCCUGGAGCUCAUGGCCCGUGAAGACUUUAGGCUCCUGGUCUCCCCGCCACACGCGGACCUCCCUGGCACGUCCUCUCCCAGGCUCGCGCCCCUUCCCUGCCCGAUCUUGCGCCAGGAACACCGGAAAGGGACAUCAGACGGUGAAGGAGGGAUAUUUGAGCCUCUGCGGAGGCAGGCCCGGAAGGGAAUGGGCCGGGACUGCAGCCAUCUCCCCGGUGUCGCCCGACGCCAAACGGUGAGAGACCCGGUACAGGACGGAAAGGGGAGUGCCGCCCUUCUGCCCAAGCCCCGCCCCUUCCGGCUCAGCCCCGCCCCUCCGGCUCUGCCCUCCUCUGGUCCCGGCUCAGCCCCGCCCCGGUCCCCGCAGUUCUCCGCGCUGCGCCGGGAGCUGCCGCCCGCCGUGCACCUGCUCACGCUGGCUCGGUGGGGCCCGGGGACGCUGCUGCUGCGCUUGGAGCACCAGUUCGCCGUUGGGGAGGACCCGGGUGGCAACCUGAGCUCCCCCGUGACCUUGGACUUGCGGGACCUGUUCUCCACCGUCAGCAUCACCGCCCUGCGGGAGACCACGCUGGCGGCCAACCAGCUUCGGAAGGACGCGGCCAGGCUCCAGUGGGACACGGACGCGGGUGGGCGCCUGCCGGGGGCGGGAGGGGCUAGGAGGUCGGAGGCGGUGCAGAUGCCCAGGAGAGGGGCUCACGGCCCGAGGGCAGCGUCCGGCUGUGGAAGGCUUGAUGGUUUCCUGACCAGGCUCGGGAACAGGGCUGGAGGUUCUGGGGUGGGAUGGACUUGGAAGGCCUGGGGAAGCAUUGCCGCGGGGUGAGGCCGAGAAAGGCGG